GCACUGCACCUACUUCUGAACAGUCAACAAAUACUCCUACUCGCAUCUGAGAGUGAAAAUCGUUUGCACCUCACGAUAAAUGCACGUUCGAUAAGCCUGUGUUGUGCUCCUGCGAACGCUCGGUAGUUGGCGGGAUAUCUGAUGCUUUUGGAUUUCGAGUGCGGACGAAGUCAGGACAAAAUGUAGAAAAUUUACUCAAUUUUUUUAUCUAGAAAAAUAGACCCUAUGGAGCUAUCCAUUGACGUUCCGAACAUCAAGCGGUGAGAAAUCAGCAGAAUGAGAGUGCAGAUGUAUUCCAGAAUCUUCUGAAUGCCUGAAAGUUCUUUAAAACCCAUUUCUCAAGUCCUGUAAGUAAUUAGAAUGCCGAAAAAGAUGUUUGCGAAAUGAAGUGUUCUUCAAUUAUGCGUGAAAUGAAAAGAAUGAACAUUUUAGCUGGCAUGCCGCUUUUAUCCGAAAUUCGAAAAUUCCCCUUCUUCUUGAAGUAGGACACCCUCAUUGUGGUAUAUGGAUAUGUGUUGUGCGCCUCCAGUGAAGACCAGCGUCGGAAAAGAGUUUUCGCGCUGGAGGAAGAAAGCAGAACGCAGCAGAAGAAUGAUUUUUGUGAUAUUAUUAGCUUUGUUGCAGACCGCCUCGGCGAGAAGUAAUGGCGAAGAGAGCAAGUACCGCACGGCGUACGCUUGCGAAGGCCGGCAGCUGCGGAUCUCCUGUGAGCCAGGCCACAUGAUUCAUCUGCUACGAGCUAAUUAUGGUCGCUUUAGCAUUAGCAUAUGCAACGAGCACGGAAAUUUGGAUUGGAGCGUCGACUGUACUUCUCCGAAUUCCUUCAAUGUCAUCAAAGACACAUGCGGAAUGAAAAACAGCUGCAGUCUUUCUGCAUCUCCAUCUUUGUUCGGAGACCCAUGUCCCGGGACACCGAAGUACUUAGAGGCCCAUUAUCAGUGUGUGCCAGAAAAAUCCUCGGUCACUCCAUCCACGAGUACGACCACCAGCACAAGCUCCAGCACCAGCACGAGUCGACCGUCAAUUAUCAUACCGGUGACGCCCAACCGCAACGCUCGGCCCCAUCACGUUGCUCCACCGUCUGCGCCACCGUCUCCUUCUACGACACCAGCUGGCGUCUCUUUAGGUGACGCGACCUCGGAGGCCGCGACCGUCGCGUCUGCGACUACUACAGUCACAACACUGUUGGUAGAUGUGACCACUACUUUGGCGGAUAGUUUGUUGAUGAUGCUAAGUGGCACGCCCGAGACCUCAACAUCUGAGCCAUCGACCGUCCACUUGUCUCGUUGGAGUCCAGAUAAUCGCGAAGAUGACCCACAAGCCACCAUGUCCUGUUUCCCUACAGAGGCCCGCGGCCUCUUUUGGAACUGGACUCGAGCAGGACAUGUAGCUCUGCACAGGUGUCCCGGUGGCGGUACUGGAAGAGUGAAAUGGCGUUGUGACGCAGUUACUGUCCAGUGGGUACCGGAAUCACCUGAUUUCAGUGACUGUAGCUCCCAGUGGGUUGAAAACAUAAAAUACAGAAUGUCCAGAGGAGACCCGAUCACUUCCCUUGCCGCCGAGCUGGCCGUCAUCACUCGGACGAAGGCUCUAAUGGCAGGGGACAUUGUCCACUCUGCGGACAUCCUGCACAGGCUGGUCACGGAAAUGGGGGAGCGGACGAGAGUGAUGGACGAUCCCCAACAGCGGCAGAGAGUGCUACUGGCGCUUCUGGAGUCUGUGUUGGCAGUGAGCAGCAAUCUCCUGGACGAUAGUCAACGGCUACCUUGGCACGAUUUGAACAGAGAACAGCAGCAGAAAUCGGCUUCAGCCCUGUUGCGCAGCCAAGAGAAGAGCGGAUGGCUCUUGGCAGAAUCUCACCAUUCCAGAUACAGUCUUCGGAGUGGGCAACCCCAUGUCUUGGCCGCAGUGCACGUUGUUGAAUCGUGGGACAUAUCAGAUGUGGUGUUGCCCCCGCCUCUGGAUACUACUUGGUGGCGAGUCGAUGACAGGUUACUCGUACCCGCACCAGCAUUAUUAGCUACUGCCAAGCAAGGCGUUUCUCGAUUGGUACUUUUGGUCCAUCAUCGCCUUGGUGAUCUUCUUGGCUCCGAAGUCCACACCACAGAACCAAUUACCACAAAUGCCAGCAGAGUGAUCAAUUCUAGGGUCAUUGGCGCUCUUUUAGAGGGCCAUCGGGUUCUUAGUUUGCCGAGACCAAUAACAGUCACCUUCAAGCAUUUACAGGUUGAGAAUGUAUCAAAUCCUCUUUGUGUAUUUUGGGACUACCAGAUCAGGAGUUGGUCUACGGAAGGAUGUUGGUUAAAAUAUACCAAUCAAAGUCAUACAGUUUGCCAGUGUAACCAUUUGACAAAUUUAGCUAUUAUCAUGCAUGUCACGGAAACCCAGGAUCAGCCAUUGACCACUGACCAUGAAACCUUGAGGAUGAUUGUAUACAUUGGCUGUGCUGUUACGAUGGUUUUUUUACUCAUCACUUUAUUGGUUCUGCAGUUUAUUAGAUGUCUCAGAACCGAACGUGUCACUAUUCAUAAACAUCUCUGUCUUUGUCUGCUGUUGGCCGAAGCAGCUCUGAUCGGAGGCCUGGAGCAAACAGAGGAACCCAAAGCCUGCUCUGUACUGGCCGGUUUCUUGCAUUAUCUAUUAUUGGCAGCAUUCGCUUGGGCAUUCUUGGACAGCUUCCACCUCUACAUUUUGUUGGGAGAAACAGAUAUUCAUCCAGAUCGGUGGAGGGUCAAGUGGUAUUCUUGUGUGGCAUAUGGCAUACCGUUGAUAGUCGUGGCUAUUUCUGCUCUCAUUGACCCUGCUAGCUACGGCACUGAUAACUACUGCUGGCUGCGUGUGGACAACUACUAUGUCUUUAGUUUCGGUGGCCCAGCUAUUGCUUGCGCUUUGGCUUCAAUUUUGUUCUUGUGCAUGACUGUUGGCCGUAUCUGCGCCCAGAGAAAUAGUACAGCUCCGAUGAAAAGCAAGGAUCAGACGAAAUUAUCUGCUAUUAACGUAUGGAGUGGUGAGGCUACUGUUCUUCUUCUAGUCUUGUGCUCUACUUGGACUCUUUUGCCCCUGUUCCUGCACGAUGAGAAGCCUCUGACGGCCUAUUUUUUCCUGGGGCUCAACAUUCUUCAAGGAUUGCUAGUGUUUCUUUUCUACUGCUUGAAUGCUGGAAAGGUGCAGAGCUCUGAUGAACCCCCUGGGCCCGACUGGCUGUGUUCUUGCUUGCGGGAGCCACCACGCCGAAGGAGCCUGUACAGCCCCCCUGGCAGCUGCCCCCACAAUUACCCGGCACUGAGAUGGAGUUCCCUGGAACAAGGAGAAGUCCCUACCCUUCGAUGUGCCACGUCCGAUCGUCACUUUGGAAGCAGGAGCUGUGAAGAACACCCACUGCAAUAUCUGCUGCGAACGUCCGAGCCCCAGCGACCAUGGGGUAUUCCAGACCCCAUCGACAACCGAACUCUCUGCUGCUACCACCAGGAUCGCCAUUCCCCUCACCACCUUAAACAUGAACAGCAACAGCUUCAAGCCGAACCCCACUACGAGACACUGGAGCCCCUGGAAGGGCCCCCAAGACCCCUAUUCAGCUCACUGGCCGCAGUCUUGAACAUGGGCCCUACCAUUGGCGUGUCCAGUGGGUCUCCUUGCCGCGUGGCCUACUGCGGUAUUCAAAGUCCGACCGACUCGGAUCGGUCAUCCAGCAGCUUCAUGGACACCCAUGUCCGAAUGAGUCCAGCUGCCAGUUCACCGGACAAUGACUUAACGGACAGCUUACCCAAUCUGGACAGACGGACGGGAUGUGGCGCCUCCUCCUUGCCAGCAUCUCUAACUUAUUAAGUGUAUAAUAACAAACGACUUUUUUUAAAGAAAGUAAUAUUGUGAUUCGAGACUUUCGAUGGACAACGUAGCUUUGUGCAAGAGCUUUUCGGCAAGCGAUGGGGUGCCUCAACCGUACCAGAGCUUUUCGACUUUAUUCUGUGAGUUGCCGUAGAUCGAAAACUUUCAACAGUCGGUGGCACUUCAUCAGUGUAAAAGCCAUUUUUAGUUUCGUUGUGAUUUUAAGUUUACUCUGUGAUUUAUAUGCACAAAGACAUGUUCAAGCAUUUAAAAAAAUAAAUCCCCUAUCUUUUUGGGAAGUGCAGAAGAAGGAGAGCAUUAACUAAGCCGGAAAUAUUUUCGAACUUACUUAUAUCUGGAACUUGUAUAUCGUGUUUCCAUAUCUGAGUCCGCAGCGAAUUCGAAUCGGCUUUCAAAUUUGGAAGCUGAAAUUUUUUGAGUGUUUUUUCUCCUGCUGUUUUCGUUUCCUCAUCUAUCCAGAGACGAAACUAAGAAAGGAGCAUCGGCCGAUAUUGGGGGCGCCAAACAUAAUUCUUGCCCCUGGCGCUACGCAUCCUAGUUUCGUCUCUCCUCAAAUAACCUCUGAAUGUCCAGACAUGCCUUUGUCGAUAAUGUUUCUUGAACAUUCAAUGUGAUUUGAACUUUGAAAAGUAUUAUACUUGAUAUAUAUACGGUCGUUUGUGUUCAGUGUGUGAUGUUUAUUCAGUGUGAACUUUAUAUCCAUAUGAAAAAAAAAAAACAACAACUUUUUAAGUGUGAGUCUCUCUAUCUUCUUUUUUGCAUGAUAAAUUUAAAUUAUAACCGAGUGAAUUCAGUCCGAGUCAUUGUUUGUGACUGAAUUAUCGUGAAUGGUGUUUGAAAUUUCGAUAACCGAAGCCUUCAAAUUGAAGAGGAAGGAAAACAAAAUUAUAUUUCUGAUUGAGCUUUUCUGUAUUGUAAAUGUUUUUCUGUCAUGGAUGUAAUUGUAUUUCUCUUCUUGAAGGCCGGUAAGUGUAUGCGUUAUUGUUAAAUUGAAAAUGCUAUAAAAUUGUACAUUUGCUUGAAUAAAAAAUUAAUAGCAUGAA